AAAGGCGAUAAUUACUGAUCAAGACAGAGCAAUGAAAAAUGCAAUUGCUAUUGUUUUCCCGGAAACGCGACAUAGAUUUUGCCUAUGGCAUAUACUGAAGAAGGCACCUGAGAAGCUUGGGGCAUAUGCUGCAUAUAAAAGCGGGUUGAAAACUGAGUUGAUGAAAUGUGUAUACGACACACAAACUAUUAAGGAGUUUGAAAAAUGUUGGGCCGUGUUUAUUAAUACAUACGACUUACAUGAGAAUGUGUGGUUGAAAAGUUUAUAUUUGGAGCGUGCGCAUUGGGUACCGGUUUUUCUAAAAGAGCACUUUUGGGCGGGAAUGAGUACCACUCAGCGUAGCGAGAGUAUGAAUGCUUUCUUUGAUGGUUAUGUCCAUUCAAAAACAAAUCUGAAAGAGUUUGUCGACCAGUUCGACAAUGCACUAAAAAGGAAAAUUGAGAAUGAAAAUCAAGCAGAGUUUCUUUCCUUUAGUGGCACCAUUCCCUGCGUAUCUAGAUCGCCAAUUGAAAAGAAAUUUCAAUUGUUGUACACGAAUGCAAAAUUUAAGGAAGUUCAACAGCAAGUAAUCGGUGUGCUUGAUUUGGAUCCAACUUUACAGACAAUGGAUGGUGUAAUGAAGACUUAUUUGGUAGAAGAUGAAGUUCGUAUUCAGGAGUUCACAAAACAGGUUACAUAUUUUGUGGAUUUUAAUGUCGAUGACUGUAAUGCAAAGUGUUCAUGUGGUUUAUUUCAGAUGAGGGGGAUACUGUGUAGGCAUAUUUUGUCUAUAUUCAAAUCAAACGGUAUAAAAUCGUUGCCAGAUCGGUACAUUUUAGACCGAUGGCGGAAGGACAUCAAGAGAAGAUACACUUUAAUCCGAUCUAGCUACGAUGCCGGGGAUGAAAGGCCAAAUGGUAAUAGACAAUCCAUUCUUCUGAAUAUGUGUUAUGAGAUGAUAGAUUAUGCGGUUGAAUCUGAGAAGGACUUUGACGAUGCAAAGAAGAAGAUACAAGAGAUGACUGGAUUAUAUCGUCAGAACCAACGACCCUUAUCUAGCGGCCAAACAGUUUCGGAACCUGGGGUUACAAUACUAGAUGGGGCUGUAGUUGGUAGCUCACAACAAGUCAAGAGUCCACUUGUUGUCAGAGGAAAAGGAAGACCUCCGUCUCUUAGACGAGCAUCCAGGAUGGAGACAGAAAUGCGGAAGGUUAAAGCCAAACAGAAGAAAGCACAAGUGGUUCAAAAACGCAAACAGCGAGAUGAAGGAGAUACAGUACCUAUGGGCACAAAACGGAGUUUAUUUGGGCCAUCAGAAGCAGAUGCAUAUUCCAACCACGGACAAUUUACGGUUAUGGACAGUAGUGGGACCACGCAAAGUGUUCAGUCGUGGUAUUUUGGUAGUCAAGGAAGUAAUCCUCCUAUGGUUGGUAGUCAAGGAAGUGUUCAUCAUAUGGUUGGUAGUCAAGAAAGUGUUCAUCCUAUGGUUGGUAGUCAAGAAAGUGUUCAUCAUAUGGUUGGUAGUCAAGAAAGUGUAAGAUCUCUCACUUAUCUAGGCCAUUUUAGUAAUAUUAUUUAUUAUUUGAUCAAGAUUUGUUUAUUUGGAUGGAAAUAGAUUUUUUAUGAUUGGAUGACACACAACCAAAGCGGCCUGGGUGGAGAUGGGUCAAACGCAUGGAUGUAAUGCGUUUGUAUAUUUCAUGUGACUUGGUGUAUUUACAAGGAGGAGGCUGAUGCAUUUUUUGUACACCACAUGAUGUGGUCUAUUUUGCUUUUCCCUCUGAAUUAUUUGGGCAGCUUGCCAGUUAUUUGUAGAUGAGAUCCUAUUUUGUAUAUUCUCUCUGAGAAUUUAAGUGGAUAAAAGGAGGAAGUGGCUGA